CAUUUUCGCGACGAUGUCCAGCGGUGCCGUGCGCACGUCCUCGAUAGAGCCGAGCGGCACCGAGCGGGUCCGGGUCCAGGUCCGCGAACCGGCACGGUGGGUGGACGAGGGCGAGGACGAGGACGAGGGGCCGCCUGGCCCGUGCGCUCGCGGAGCUAUUGGCGCGCGCUCGACGCACGGCCGCGAGCGAGCCAAUCGACGUGCGGGAACCUCGGGGACUCGCGGGCCUCACGGACCUCGGAGAGCUCGCGAAAAGCUGCCGGCCAUGGGCUGCCGACUCCGGAACGUCACUUUCUCCCGACGACGGCGGUGGCGGCGGUGGUUACUCCCGAUGCCACCUGCGACGGCGCGUCCGCCGUCUCCUCAGGAUCGCCCCGAUCGUCCCCCCGUGUUGUUGCUUCCGGACCAGGCGGCCCACGGAUUCGAGGAAACCAACCACGCGGUUUUGGUUUUGCCAACUAUUUCGAUACCAAGCGAAGACGGACGAAUUUGACAGGCUCGCGACGCGGCCACUUCGACGUUGUCACUCCAGCUUGACUGGCACCGCUGGCACUGCCCCGCCAGGCCGAGUCGCGUCCAGGCGUAUAGCGACUCUCACGUCUGCGCCGCCGUUUGCCGUGAAACACG